AUGGCCAAAUCUGCAUUUGCUUCUCCCUUUCGCUACCUCCAGGGCCUGUUGGGCUCAUCCACGACUGUCCUGUCCCGCUCUGAUAACAUUACAGCCUCAGCCCAUGCAAAUGACACAGCUUAUACCCCGAGUCCUGGAACACGUGCAGGGUCCUACGAUUCUGUCAGUUAUGGCAAGGGCAAAAGAAAGGCUGUGGAAGAGGAUCACUCUGGGCCCAAGACCAAAAAGCGUGCGAUAAGCAUGGACCGAGACGCUUUCACACCAUACGGGGAUGACAGUGACGUGCAUCAGAGCCCGUCGAUCCCCAGCGAUGGAAUAGGGACGAAGGCAGACCUAGAUCGAACCUUGAUGCCACCCCCAGCGACCCCUCACAGCCGAAGGACAUCGUUGCUCGCACUACGUGCCGACCCUGAAGCCGUGCACGCUUCUCAGACGGGGAUUCACGAUGACGACUCGAUAUCAUUCGUUUCAACCGCAAUGGCAAGGCAAAAGCUAGAUUCCGUAGAUUUCGACGCGAUGGAGGAAGCGCGAAGGCAUGCUGCUGCGGUUACUUUGCCUGCCAACUCAGGACUCUGGUCGCAGGCAGAACGCGAGUUAUUUUUCCACCUCGCCUAUCGUGGCUUCGAGCCUCUUCUUCCGCAAAACUGGAUGAUUGACUUUGACACAUUACCGAUUAGUGUGUUUGCACAUGAGAACUCGGCAGAACCUCCACUCAUCCAAAACAUCCGAGACAACCAAUUCAGGGCCAGCCAUGCUCUGCGUCGACUCUUCGAGGCCGGCCAUGAUAUACGAGACAGGACACACGUCAGCCCGGGUAUUCCCAGAGAAAGGAUUCUAGAGCAGUCUGUGAAGAGAUACCUCUACUGGGCUCUGACAGAUGUGGGACUUCGCCCAAGUUCAAAGCCCAGCUAUAUUCCAGUCCACGCUGUCGUCGCCAGGAAGAAGGGUCGGUCUACACUGCAGACGCUUGAGGAGAUCGCGAACAGGUUACAGAGGCUUUCGGUGCGACAUCAAAGAGCUCAACAUAUUCACCCAAGCAUCGAGACUCAAAGUCCAGAUCUCAUUGACACCGGCGAAACGCGGGUAGCUGAUGAUGAUGCAUCUUCACCUACUCUUGUCGGCUUCGUGAUCAUCUCGUCGGUACUUGUCAUUGUCACACUCAGCCCGGGAACUCCUCUUCGAGGCAGCGCGAGUGUCAACCCCGAUAGACUCCGCAUCAUUGCUGAGCUUGAUUUCAGCCAAAGAGAUCAAGAUGUAUGGAAUGCGCUAGGCGUGGCAAUUGUCGCAAUGCAGGUGCGUAAGGAGGCUCAAAAAGUGAACCAUGGAUUCAGCCGUGGUGAUACGAGUGGAACUGAUUGGGAUGUAAUGUCGGAGGCAGAUUCUAUGCUGCAGGAUGAUUUCGAGGGAACCAGUACUUUGUCAAGGUUACAAUUAGUUGACGACGACCCAGACCUCUAG